UAUCUCCCUCCUUGCCAUACAUUCACAACUCCAGCUACACCUUCAGAGAUAUUAGCUUUUCAAGGAAAAUGGAGGGUGGUAUCCAAUCUGUUCUCCUCUCUUGCCUCCUCUUAUCUCUGCUGGUGGUGGCCUCCUCCGAUGACUCCUCCCUCCAAAGUAAGUGUGCACCGGAGUUCCAGAAGCUGACCGGCUGCCUGGACUUUGCCGCUGCCAAGACCGACACACCCACAAGCCAGUGUUGCAGCUCGGUGACCGACAUCCGAAACAAAGAUGCUGCCUGCCUCUGCUACAUCAUCCAGCAGACGCAUGCCGGAUCCUCGACCAUCAAGAGUCUUGGGCUGCAGUUCGAUAGGCUCCUCCAGCUUCCACAGGCUUGCAAGCUAGCCAACGCCAGCGUCAGUGACUGCCCUAAACUUCUAAAUAUAUCUCCAAGCUCGCCAGACUAUUCUAUCUUCAAUGGCACUGCUAAAACUAAUUCAGCAUCCACUAAUGCUACCCCUACAUCUGGAGUCGUCAUGCAUCAGAACUGUUUUGAUGGUACCUUCACCAUUGCUGUGGUCUCUGCAAUCUACCUAUCCAUCUUCGGAAUAUGGGCUUGAAGCAAUUGCCAUGACUUACUCUUAUAUCCUUUUGUGUGGAACAUUAAUGCAUGUUUUUGAAUGAGAUACAAUAUGUAACAUGUAAGGUCAUGUGCUGGAUUUCUUUUUUGAGACUAUCAGGAGUUCUAACAAGAGCUAGCAUGCCACAAUUCUCUACCAACU